UAUGUUUUAGAAGUACCUUAGAGCAGUUACGUGCAGUGAACGCAUUGCCCACUUUUGUUCAAGUUGGUAAUGAAAUAAACAAUGGCAUGUUAUAUAACGAAACCGAUCAGAUCUGUAUUGAGGGCGGAAAACUCUGGCAAGAAUGUGGAGCCAACUGGGAUUCAUUUACAGCACUGGUCACUGCAGGGAUCAACGCUGUGCAUUAUGUUUCCGAUGACAUUGACGUCAUCGUGCACACUGCCUCUAUCAACUGGCUAUGGUGGUAUACAGAACUCGGCAAUCACAUGGAUGUCAACCUCAUUGAUGUCAUUGGUGUGUCAUAUUACCAAAAAUAUAAUCCUGGGUACUUUUUGAACAAUCUUGAAACAAAUCUUAAAGCCUUGUCUGAACGGUUUAAAAACCAUGACAUCCAUAUUGCUGAAACGACGCACCCCUAUCGACAUGUUGAGGAUCCCAAAUUACGCUAUCCAGAGACGGCUGAGUUUCCGUUUACUGCUCAAGGGCAACAGGAUUACGCUCAGGGGCUCAUCAAUGUCGUAAAGUCAGUGAGAAGGGCUACUGCUGUCACAUGGUGGGGAGGAGACUGGUGUAAACCAGGAGACACUGAAUUUCAUGUUUCAUCUUCACAUUUUGAUAGCGAGGAUGGAUGUGUUGUUAAUCCAUCGGUGUAUAAUAUGAAACCCGGCUAUCAUUAUUAAAUGAAUAGAAGUAAUUAGUCAUAUUUUAUUGUAUGGAAAAAAAUAAAGAAUGAAUAAAGGACUUUCACAUUGAUGUGCUAUUCAAAAGUUCUUAGAGUAACGACAUCAUUAUGUGCUAUCCAGUUUUGGAUAGAGGUACAUGGUGUAUCUUUUUAAAAAACCAUCUCAAAUAGAGUGUCAGAGGCAACAUCACAUUUCCGAAUAAAGUCACC